ACAAAGAGUUUGAUCGAUUUCGUUUUCUGGGUUGUUUCUGGAGGAGAUUUCCUUCCUGGAAGGUUUUUUUUCUUCCCUCCAAGGGGCGAUGGCGUCGAAAAGUGUGGUGAUUUCGGAGAAGCCCGUAAAGCACGUGGGAUUGAGUGAUUGGCAGGCAAGGCUCAAUGAAGCACGCUCUGUGGCCACAUCACGGAGGAAUGAUGCCUUCGAGGUGCGUCACGAGGCGCGGAAUUUGCGGAAUGAGAAGGAUAUUCAGGCCAGGUGGGAUUGCUAUCACAACACAAAGCGCCUUGAGGACAGGAUUGGUGAGGUUAGUCAGUGGCGGGAGAGUCUGGAGGAAUGCCUGGGACGCGUUGAGCGAGAAAUUGAGAUUCUCCGAGCGGAAAAAGCCCAAACGGAGCGUGAACUUGAAGCCCUGGCUGUACCGCUGACCGUUGUAUCCGAAUGCUUGGCCACACGAGAUUCCCGCCGGGAAGUUGAGAUGACAUACGAUGAGGCUGAGAAGGAGUUGAAGCUGGAACUGGCUCUGGUGGAGAAGGAUCAAAUAAUGCUGCGGGAUCAAUGUCAGGGAGCAUGGGAGAAGCUCAAUGCCUUGGAAGAUGUGAGAUUUCAGCUGAAUCUGGAGAUUUGCAACAAGAAGGAAGCGGAAAAAAUCGACACAGAACAGAUGCAUCUCAAUAAAUUCUCCUCCAACACCACGUUCAAGAACAACCCCCAGAGGAUCCCAAAAGAAUCAUUCACGCACGAUGGAUGGCUCACGAAUACAAAGAACGUGAAGACAUUGGCUGAGAAUGAACUGAAGGACACCUACGCCCUUCGGGAAUCCCUCUUUGUGUGCCGCGAGAGAUCGCGGAAUGAGCUGCACGCUCAGCAGGAUCAGGUGGAUCAUACAAUUCGCCGGAGGAUUUUUGAAACGCAACGUGCACGGAAUGAGCUCAAGUGGCAGGUGGUGAAGACGGAGGAAGAGAUGAAUCGCUGCCUGGCUGAAAUUGAGGCAAUCGAGAAAACAAUUGACGACAAGAGGGAAGUCCUGAAGUUGGCAGAGAGUCGCCAAGAGAAUCGUUUUGCACGUCCUGGCUUUGAAUUGUGUCGUGAUGAUCCCUUCCAUGGGCUUUGCGAUGAAAUAACGCAGCUCCGCAGCACCUUGAACACUCUGACGGAUCAAUUGAAUGUGACAAAGGGGAAUUACAGCACCCUCGAGGAUCAGCAUUGUCGCCUGGCGAGGGAUUUGGAGAACAAGGAGCAUUCAAUGAUGGUGGAAGUGCGUACGCUGGAUCAGAGGGAGAGGCUCAAAAGUUGGCAAGGGAAGGAAUGUAGAUCUCAAACUGGAAGGAAUAUCCAGUUAACCCGAAUGGAGCAUGAGAUCCCAAGGAGCAGCUAUGCAUAACCUUAAAAUACUCACCAUGCCAGGGAUUCACGAAGCUCGAAGGAAGACGUUCAGUAGCAUUUUAUUAGAAUUUUAGGAAUUUUUCUUCUGUGCACGUUUUGUAUUCUCUUUUGUUCACAAAUCGAAGUAAAAAGACUCAACAAA